AUGGCAUUCUCUGAAGGAGGAAAAGAGCAUCUAAGAAACCAUGCUGGGGAGAAGCCUCUUGAAUGCUCAGUGUGUGGGAAGAGAUUCAGUCGCAAUAGCGAUCUUCAAAAACAUCUAAGAACCCACACAGGGGAGAAACCCUUUGAAUGUUUAGAGUGUGGGAAGAAAUUCAGUCGCAGUGGCAAUCUUCAAGAGCAUCUAAGAACACACACAGGGGAGACGCCUUUUCAAUGCUCAGAAUGUGGGAAGAGAUUCAGUCGCAGUUGCACUCUUCAUAAACAUUUAAGAACUCACACAGGGGACAAGCCUUUUAAAUGCUCUGAGUGUGGAAAGGGAUUCAGUCAGAGUGACUAUCUUAAAAAUCAUCUAAGAACCCAUACAGGGGAGAAGCUUUUUGAAUGCUCCGAGUGUGGGAAGAGAUUUGGUCGCAGUGGUACUCUUCAGAAUCAUCUAAAAACCCACACAGGGGAGAAGCCUUUUGAAUGCUCCGAGUGUGGGAAAAGAUUCAGUCAGCGCAGCCAUCUUCAAAAUCAUCUAAGAACCCAUACAGGGGAGAAGCCUUUUGAAUGCUCCGAGUGUGGGAAGAGAUUUGGUCGCAGUGGUAGUCUUCAAAAUCAUCUAAAAACCCACACAGGUGAAAAGCCUUUUGAAUGCUCUGAGUGUGGGAAGGGAUUCAGUCAGAGCAGCCAUCUUCAAAAUCAUCUAAGAACCCAUACAGGAGAGAAGCUUUUUGAAUGCUCCGAGUGUGGGAAGAGAUUUGGUCGGAGUGGUACUCUUCAGAAUCAUCUAAAAACCCACACAAGUAAAAAGCCUUUUGAAUGCUCCAAAUGUGGGAAGGGAUUCUGUCAGAGCAGCCAUCUUCAAAAUCAUCUAAGAACCUACUCAGGGGAGAAGCCUCUUGAAUGCUCCAAGAGUUCAAAUAGAUUCACUCAGAGUGACACUCUUCAAAAUCCUCUGAGAACCCAAACAGGGGAGAAUGCUUUUGAACACUCAGAUGUAAAGAGCGAUUCCAUCAGUGUGGCAAUCUUCAAAAGUGUUGAAGAAUCUACACAAAUGGAAAGCAGGUAACUGCUUAGCCCAAAGUUGUGGAACUCUCUUUUUCUGCUGGGACAUGUGUGCCAUAAAAUGUUAUGCUAGGUACUGAAGAUAAUAAAUUUCAGAAAAGACACAGGCAAA